AAAACCAAAAUCUCUUGAUCAUGGACGAUUCUAAUGCUGAAGACAGACCUGAACAGUUCAAUCAAGAACCAAAGGAUCAACAAAAUAACAAUAAUGGAGGUAAACCUCCUUUUCGACCCAUGAUGCCAAAUAAUUUUGAUCCCGUCAUGAAAAUGGGUAUGAUGAAUCCCGUGCAAUAUCAACACUUCCAACAAAUGAUGAUGAUGCAACAGUUCCAAAGACAACAGCAAAUGCAACGCCAUUCGGCCGCCGCCGCCGCGGCAGCAGCAGCAGCAGCAGCAGCGAACAAUCCAUCGAAUAUUCCUCCUGAAACUCAAAAACCGCCUACUGGUUAUACGUGUUUUAAGUGCGGACAACCUGGCCAUUGGAUCUACUAUUGUCCCAAUGUUCCCAAAGGACAGUUUGUUCAACGAACCCAAAGAAUGGUUGAGAAUGAAACUAACCAGCAAGACCAAAAACCUCAAGAGUUAUGUUGUACAGUGUGUGAGAAAUUAAUGACAGAUGCAGUGCUUUUACCAUGCUGUGGAAAAUCCUUUUGUAAAGAAUGUAUCACAACAACUUUAGAAAAAUCAAACUCGUGUCCUAAUUGUCAUGCCGAUAAUGUCUCCAUUGACCAAUGCAUUCCUAACAAGACAUUACGCUUAGCUAUUGAAGCCUAUAUCCAACAAGAAGCCGAAAAGAAAAAAGAUGAACCCACAGAACCUCUUCAUACUGGUGAUGAAGAUCCAAUGGAUACCAAAGAAGAAUCUUCCCAAGUGGCAGAGUCUUCUACAAAGGGAAAUGUUCCACCUCAAGUCUUUGAUGAGGACAGAAAGAUGCCAAUGCGAAAACCCAUGAUGAAUAAUAUGAUGAUGCCCACUCCCGAUAUGUUCCCAACACCAGAUAUGAAUUGGAUGAACAUGGCAAGACCUCCGUUUAUGAAUAAUCGCUUCCCUGCUUUCCCUACGGGUGACUGGAAUAAUAAUGACAUGGAUGGUAGACCUCCCUUUAUGCCUAAUUUCCCUCCACCCCAAUUUAAUAACAAUAAUGAAGAGAUGUACAUGCCUCCUUUCCCUGGUAUGCCUCCACCACAAGAUAUGUUUGCUUUCAACAAUAACUUUAGAGGUGGCUUCAUGCGUGGAAGAGGUGGUAGAGGACGUGGAUUCCAUCAUAGUGGGAGUACAAGACGUCAUGACGACAAAAAACCAGAGGAUAUCAUCCCACUUGGCCCUCGUUCAGACCGCGCCUAUUCCAGAUCACGAUCACCUCGUCGUGAUGAUCGUAGUGAAAGCAGACGUAGCGAAAAGCGGGAAGACAGAAGAGAUGACAGACGACGUGAUGAAAGAAGAAGCGACGACAGACGAAGCGACGACAGACGGGAUGAUAGACGUGAAGACAGAAGAAGUGAUGAUAAGGAUUCUAAACGUUCCGAUGAUAGACACGACGAUAAACGUCGUGAUCAUUCAAGCAGAAAGAGAUCAAGAUCCCCAAAGGAUGAACGCUCUUCUUCACGCCAUAGAUCAAGCAGAUCUCAUCACACUUCAUCAAGACGCCACUCUUCAAGAUCAAGAUACAGAAGUCGAGACAGAGCAGAGCGAUCCGACAGAGACAGAUCGGAUAGAGACAAAUCCGACAGAGAAAGAUCUGACAGAGAAAGAUCCGACAGGGACAGAUCCGACAGGGACAGAUCAGACAAGGACAGAUCAGACAAGGACAGAUCCGACAAGGACAGAACCGACAAGGACAGAUCCGACAAGGAUAGAUCCGACAAGGAUAGAUCCGACAAGGACAGAUCGGAUAGGGACAGAUCAGACAGAGACAGAUCCGACAGGGAUAGAAGUGUAAGAUCUGAAAGAGAUAGAAACGAGAAACCGGACAGAGAUAGAAGUGAACGAUCAGACAGAGACAGAAGUGACAGAUCCGAUAGACUUGAAAAAUCGGAACGCUCCGAAAGAUCUGAACGAGACAAGCCAAGAGAAAGAAGCGAGAGAAGUGAAAGAAGAAGACACGACAGAAGAUAAUCCUUAUUUCUUUCUAAUGCAAAUAAAUUGUCAAUCUUAGUCAAUAUGUCUUCAUUCUCCUAUACAUUAUAUAAAAUAAACAUAUAUGUCACGGUUA